UUACGUUGUUAAAUAAGGCGCCAACUGGUUUGCAACCCGCGAUACAAACUCUCGCUGUUUGAAUUACACUGCUAUCGUUAAUAUGUGUCUAUAAUGAGAAAAAAAAAUUACGACGUCAAUAUAAAUUAUUUUUAUUAUCUUUACAAUAUACAAUUAUUAAGAAAUUUUUUGUGAGCGUGUAGCUGUGAUCAACCGUGUAUCUCUGUUCGAUUAUUUUUGCCUCAACGAUUUGGCUACCCACGCAUUUCUUACACGUACGUAUACAUGUUCAGUCAGACACACACACAUACCAUACUGUUUGUUUCUCUUACACUGUAAAAAGAAAGUCAUCGCAGUUGCUUGUUCGGUCUCUUUCGUCUGUAACCGCUCCAAUCGUGCUAAUCAAUAAUUGUUGACUUUUUUGCUGAUGUUGUUGUAUGUAUAUUUUUACUAGUAGUACAUUAUGAAUUAAUUGUUACAACAUAUUGAAAACAAUACAUCGAAGGAAUACUACGCCGGACUUUUACUACCACCACUGCCGCUAUCACUACUAUCAGUAAAUAUAUAGCGAAACUAAUUCCAACCCGUUACAUAACUGUAUACCGAAGCUCACCAGCCUUUAUUCACUAACGAGGACAGAUAUGACAGAGGAACCAAUAGCAAAUGGAGGAGAUGAACAGACGGAUUCCACGUGUGAUAAAGUGUGCAUUCUUGAUGCAGGCGCCCAAUAUUGCAAGGUCAUAGACAGAAAGAUUCGAGAAUUGAUGGUGAAAGCGGAUAUUUUACCUUUAAACACACCAGCACGUAAAAUUAAGGAAUUAGGUUACCGAGCUAUCGUUAUAUCGGGUGGACCGAGCUCUGUUUAUGCCGACGAUGCCCCGGACUACGACGCCGAAAUCUUUCAUUGCGGUCUUCCGCUGUUGGGAAUUUGUUACGGGAUGCAGAUGAUUAACAAAGAGUUCAAUGGCACUGUGAUAAAGAAAGCUAUUCGAGAGGAUGGUCAGUUUACGGUUGAUAUCGAAACUUCGAGUCCUUUAUUUAAAAACCUUGAUUCGAAACAGCAAGUCUUACUAACCCAUGGCGACAGCGUGGAUAACGUGGCCGAUAAAUUCAAAGUAAUUGCUAAGUCUGGAGAUAUCAUUGCAGCGAUUAGUUGUGAAGAGAAACUAAUGUACGGUGUACAGUUCCAUCCUGAAGUUGAUCUAACGGAAAACGGACAAUAUAUUCUACGAAAUUUCAUCUAUGAUAUCGCGAACUGUUCCGGCACGUUCACUAUGGAGUCGCGGGAAAAUAAAUGUAUCCAACACAUCCGUCAGGUUGUAGGAAACAAGAAAGUUCUGAUGUUACUUAGUGGUGGUGUUGACUCUACUGUUUGUGCUGCUUUGCUCAAUAAAUCACUAAAAAGUGAGCAAAUAAUAGCCAUUCAUAUCGACAAUGGUUUUAUGAGGAAAAACGAAAGCUCUCAAGUUGAAGAAUCUUUAAAGAAAAUCGGUGUAAACGUGAAAGUGAUCCGAGCCGCGGAAAUCUUCUAUCACUCCACCACAACUGUUCCUAUAAACAAAAACGACCCACAGUCAAACAGACGGGAAACUAACUCUCUUAACAACUCUUGCAAUCCGGAAGAAAAACGAAACAUUAUCGGAGAUACGUUUAUGAAAAUCGCUGAUAAUACUUUGCAAGAAAUGAAGUUGAAUCCAGAAGAUGUAAUUCUUUGCCAGGGUACCUUACGGCCUGAUCUCAUCGAAAGUGCUUCUCAUAUGGCAAGUUCUAAAGCAUUUGUUAUUAAAACUCACCACAACGACACUGAAUUGGUGCGCUUAUUGCGGAAAGAAGGACGUGUUAUCGAACCCUUAAAGGACUUUCAUAAAGACGAAGUGCGAACUAUAGGCAAAGAUUUAGGCUUACCUUCAGAAAUUGUGAUGCGACAUCCAUUUCCAGGCCCCGGUUUGGCUAUUCGUGUAAUAUGUGCUGAAGAUAGAUAUAUGGAGAGAGAUUUUGAUGAAACUAAUCAGCUCCUGAAAAUUAUUAUCAACUUCCACAAUGCCAUGAAAACUUCGCCCACUUACCUGGACGUCGUUAAAGAAAAACUGCCUGUUGCUGAACAAACCGAACUAGCCACGUUGACGGCCAGUCUGGAGUGUAUGAGCGCUCAUCUCCUGCCCAUCAAAAGCGUCGGGGUUCAAGGAGAUCAUCGUACUUAUAGCUAUGUCGCUGCCUUAUCAGGAGACUCUAAACCUAAUUGGAAUAUCUUUAUGAAGUUGGCGAAAUUUAUUCCGAAAAUAUGCCACAACAUAAAUAGGAUUGUCUACGUGUUUGGUGAUAGAGUUCGAUACCCAAUCAACGAUAUUACACCCACCUAUCUUACUGAAGACGUGCUUGCUACUCUUAGGCAAGCGGAUUAUGUAGCCACAAAAACAUUACAAGAAUCUGGAUAUAUGUCGAAGAUUAGCCAAAUGCCAAUAAUCAUUUGCCCUGUCCAUUUUGAUCGGGAUCCUGUGAAUUGUGUAACUUCGACAAAACGAUCUAUCGUAAUUCGAACAUUUGUCACAAAUGACUUUAUGACUGGGGUACCUGCUACACCUGGUUCUAAUUUGCUCCCUGAAGAGGUCCUUAGUUCCAUGGUUGAUAGCAUACUCAGUACUGUGCCCAGCAUUUCUCGUGUGAUGUAUGAUCUUACUGCUAAGCCCCCUGGUACCACAGAGUGGGAGUAAUUAAUUACCUACCUCAACUCCAAGAAAUUCCUCAAAACAACCUUAAUUUCCCGUAUUGGUUUGGUUUGUUUUUAUAUCCUAUUUUACUCCAGUCGAAGAAGUAAAGAAAUAGAUCUGAUAUUUAACUGAUUUUUGUUUUAUACUCCUAUUAUUGUUAUUGUUAUUAUUAUUUGUUAUGUGAAAUUUCAAGGAAUAUUUUUCAUCCUAUUUUUUCCAAUCAUAUAAAAACAAAGGUUUGCUAUAUUUUUUCUUAACUCUUAUAUGAAAAUAUUUCAUCUUUCUUUCCCCUUCCCUUCAUUUCUUUUUUAUGAUAUUUUCACCCAUUUCUUCUUUAUCCCCUUCCCAAACAGAACUGGCGUUAAACACCCCAUCCAUGUGUUACCAUUUUUGAUCUACCUUUAAUUCCAGCUUUUCCCUACCUUCUUGGCCCACACAAUCUCCAGUAUACUUUAAUUUCUCUUAUCUAUCAAUCACACUUGCUUUGAGCAAGUUACUAAUUUGAAGAAAUUUGGGUAUGUCGCCAAAAAAUCAGUUAAAUUAACCCUGUCCACCCUGGUGAUGUUUGCUGAAAUAUUUAAUGCAAUCUUUAAUAUCUUGUUUCACUUUGCCUUAAUCUCAUUAAAAAAAAAAUGUCCAUAAAUUUUACAAGUUUCAAUUUAAAACUCAAUUCAUGUUUAACGUAUUCAGAUAACUUUGAAGUCCGAAAAUCUUACUAUUUUUAUGUUAACAUCAAAAAGGAAGCGGAGUAGGGACUUUCUUUUCACAAUUUUGAUUUACAUGUAUAAUAAAUAACUUGUGAUUAUCAAGACAUCCCAGGGAUGGCACUUGAAGCACUCUAUCUUCAGUUAUGCGAAUUGCUAUUAGAUCUUACAAUAUUAAUCGUACAGAAAGUAACAUAUAGUUUAUUUCUUCAGUUGAAGUUACGUAACGCGAACAACGGCCGACGUUCCACUCCCCAGACAAAACCAUGUACUGGGGCCUUCAGUAUUAUUGUUAUCAACACUAAACUCAUUCAAAAUGAUAAGAACCACAGAAACAUUGUUGGAAAGUAUAGUGUUUUUUAUAAAAUAUAUGAUAAAACGGUAAUUAUAUCACUUCAGUUAGUUCUAGUAAUUGCAUGGCUUAUAAGGUAUUUACAUCACACGUUCAGAAUCGUGUAUCAUUUGCUCGUUUCAGUCUUUGGUGCUGGGGCACCACCGUGACGGGUUUUAAUCGACCCCAAAUAUUGUUACGUUUAAGUCUUAAAAAAUUUUUUUUUAUUUACUUACUUACUCUAUUCGUCUCUCUUGCCGUACCGAAACAAACCCACACCAAGCGUUAAGUUGUCGUAGGGGACAAUCCUGAAUACAGACACAUCCACAUGCACGUAUACACGACCAGCUUUUAGUUCCCGUCUUCCAAAUCCACUCGCAAGGCUUUGGUCGGCCCGUGGCUAUAAUAGAAGACACUUGCCGAAGGUGUCACGCACUGAGACAAAUGUUCUAAGGUGUUCUGUUUUAUGCCUGUAGAAUAUAAUCUGGUACGGUGAUUAACUCAGUCUGAUCAAUCUUAAUUGUCACUUAGUCGAAAUAAUGGUUUAUUUGUAAUUUGAGGGCAGGUGUAUUAUACGUCGUUUCUCUGUGGCACUUUCGUUUUGUAACCAGAGGUCGUUGUUUACGUAACAUAUUUUAUGAGAAUAGAUUUUUGAUAAGUUAUUAGGAUAUAAUUUAUUGAUGGAAAACCCACCGUAUACAUCGACAUAAGUGUACCCAUUCCUUAAAGCAUUAGAACAUAAUCAUAUACAAAUUGUCAGUUCUAUAUGUAAUGGACAAGUAUUCUCAGUUUAAAAGCCUUUAUUUAUUUAUUUAUUGGAAAGAAUUCUGGGUUUAGGUACCCCGUUUAGCCCCUCAUACCGAUUUAAUUUUUUGGAAUUUUCAGAAACGUUUUGCGAAUUUAUAUUCUAUACACGGGAAUUCAUAUGAUUAUGCAAAAAAAAAAAUUGUGGGUGCGAAUUAAGGGCGACUUAGCUGUUAUUUUUAGCACAUUUCACGUUCUUCGUUUCUUUGUCACUGACAACUAUUGAUGUUUUUCAAUAUUUUUCUCAUUAACACAUUUAAUGGAAUGAUUAAGCACCCAACGGUGGUCUAUUGCCGGGGUUUAGUCAAAAGAUUCGAUCUGUCCGUAUUUUAAACCGAUUUUUUAAAAAUUCGAAAAAGCGUUAUACUUUUAGGAUUUAGGGGGUGGUUUAAAAAAUUACAAAAAAAGGGGGUUUUUUUUUACCAACUGAACAGCCCUUCAGCUGGUCAGCUCCUAUCAAACCGUUCAACCCAUGCCAGCUUGGAAAACAGACGGACUCCUUUGUGUAGAUCACAAAUUCGCAAAAAUUUUCUGAAAAUUCCCAAAAAUAGAAAAGUUAUGACGGGUUGUACAGGCUGCUUAAACCAGAACUCUGACUUUUUUUUCCAUGGGCAGAAUUUUUACAAUUAGAGAUCCCUCUCUUCAUCAGUUACAUAUAUAUAAUUUAAUUAAAAGUUUGGUAAAUACCAAUGCAUGAAAUUGUUGGUCUUUGAGUCACUUUGAAUUCUAUUUUCCUGAUUUUAUUACAGUACUCAUUUAACGGACAACCAAAAUCAUCAUCACCAGUCAUAUAAGGUGACAGAAAGAUGCCAAUAAGUUUGGUUUUACUUUACGUGUGGAAUAACAAGGAAAGAAAAUCAUGGUGAUUUUGCCAUGUUUAUAGAAAACUAUAUUACAUACGGAGUCUCUUGGUAUUGUUUAGAAUAGGGGCUUCAAUAAUGAACUGCUGUUCAAGACAUUUUAUUCUUCCUGUAUUCUUGGUCAGCCAGGAAAUUUCUCCAGAUUUUACUAAAAAGAAAUUACCAGUUGCUGGAAUAAAAGUUAAAUUACUAACUGGUAUGUUGAAAAUAAAUAGUGGAGGUGCAUGGGUUAGAGGUUAGGGUGUUGGAUUCAUGAUCCGUAAGAUUGUGGUUUCAAUUCCUGGACCAGGCUUUGAUUAAUAUAUAUAGUAUCAAAAGCUAUUUUUCUGACCCUGUGCCCACAUUUAGAUUUGAUGUUGCAUUCUUGAGCAAAAUUCUUCGUUUCAUUUUGCUUCAGUUCACUCAGUUUGUAAAAAUCUGUAAUCCUGAGAUGGACCAGUGUCCUGUCCAACGAGGAAUUUUAUACACCCAAGAAAUCGAGAAACCAGCCCUAUGCUCCUUAUACUGUAAUGUGAACUGACCCUGUUAAAAUAAUAAUUUUAGUGAGUCUAUGCAAACUUACAAUUUAAUGCAGUCUAAUAGUACCUCCCUUUUUUUUUUUUUUUUUUGGCUAUCAAAUUUAUAAAUGUUACAGUAUGUGUUCUGUGGCAUUUGGCUGCUAUUUCUAGCAGUUAAAGCGGCCACAGAACUCCACAUUAACUCAUGGUGAUAGAUUUCUUUCAGUUAAUCGAUUUUGUUUCACUUUGUAACAAUCAUCUUCUAUCGACUUUAUAAUUGAAAGAAAUUAUAACAAUUUAUUAUAUAUUGAUUGGUUUACUAGUUUUGCCAAGAUUGAGCACCUUUUAAUGAUUUUAUAUAUAUUGAAAUCUAUAAUCAUUAGUCCUACAAAAUAUAUUUUGUUAGACUAACAAUUAUGGAUUAAAUGUUUAGUUCAUUCUCUAACUUAUCUUUGAGUUCUUUAUUCUAAGUGGCUGGAAUAGAUUCUUUUGAACUUGUCACCCCCUGGAAUAUAUAUAUAUAUAAUGUAUGUCUAAAAUUGGCUGUAAUGGAUCUAUAAUACUCCAUACUUUGAUUGAUAUUUAUAAUAUCAAAAGCUAUUUUUCUGACCCUAUGCCCACAUUUAGAUUUGAUGUUGCAAAUGUAUUCUAAGAAACACUCUAAAUUGUCAAAAACAAAUUUUAGUUUCUUUUGAUUUUUCUUUUCAUAUUUAAAUUCUGUACGAAAAUCAAAAAAAAAAUGAAAGAAAGAAAGAUGUGUUUGCUCCUACAAAAUGCAAGUGAACGGAGGUGUGACUAAUAUUUAAAGCAUUUUCUGUUAUGUUGUUUAAAUUUUAAAGUUUCGGUGUUGGAUGCAAAAUAUCUUAUUUUUCUAAAUUAAAAGAAAUAUUAAUUACUGAAUGAAAAAUUUUGAAAAGAACUUGUUAACAUUUAUCAAAACCUCUGCAAUUAAAUAUAUAUGCUUGUGUAUGUGUUUUCCUGGUGAGAAUGGCAUGCAUUGUCUUAUAAAUGAAUUGAGCUGAACUUGUCAUGUAUGGCAAAUAUAUUGUGGAUGUGUAUGUAUAUAUAUAUAUAUAUAUAUAUGCAUGCCACUAAUGCAAUAGUUGAGUGUAGAGCAACAGCGAUUAGAUGCAUUCCCUUUUCGCUCCAUGUGCAGAUAAAAUGGAUGUGUGUAUAUAUAUAUUAAGCUGUAUUUUUUACAAAAUAUCCAGUCACAAUUUUUUUCAUAACUAUAUACAAUAUAUCUUAACAUUUAUAAAUUACUAGAGUAUGCUUUUGUUUUCAGGAUUAUUAAUGUAUAGUCCCAGAUCGACCCUGAUGAAACGGGUCUAUGGUCAAUCUUUUUAUACACCAAGGAUCACAUUGUCCAAUAUAUCUUUUAUAUAAGACAGUAAGAGAUAGUUGAUAUUUUCUUGUGGACUGCAGUAGGUGAGGUCAGGCAAUGCGUUACGCAUUAAGGCAACCACUGGUGUUUACCAUGGCAAUUUAAUUUCAGUAGUGGACCAGGUAAUAAGAAACUCUAGGGAGAGCUGAACAGAAGAAGCCCUGCCUCAUGCAAAUAUUUCAUCCCUUAACUCUUUAUGCUCUAAAGGAGCCACACAUCAUCGAUGUUAUGACUCCAGGAUACCCCCUCUUUUGCCACAUUCUGUGUUCUCUGUCUACAUUACAACCUUCCUCAAUAGUUAUGGUGUUUUAGAGCCAAGGUAUGUUGAGUCUUGGAUGUUCAGUAUAAGGUACCACUUGACCAUUGGGUAAAUAAUGCCUUCUGAAACUCACUUCAGUUCCUCUUUGACCAGAUCCAAUCGGAACUUUCUUCAGCUGCUUGUACCAUUGCCUUAAGAACUCUGCUUCUCUUACUUCCAGACAUUGACUCAUUUCACAAGACCUUAGGCAGAUUUUCCCACAGACCUUUUCACAUCCACCUCUGUGUGAUAGUGCUGUGUGCCAUAGGUAUCUGUCUGUCUUGACCAUUGCCAGCUUUCUUUAUACUGUAGGAUCUCGGUAUAUCUUUCUCAUCUCAUCACAGUAUCGAGCAGAUUAUUGGAUAUUGUUAUACAUCUCUGAACACAGUGCACUUGUGCAUUGUUUUAGGUUUUGAAUGAUGCCACCCAAGUGGCUGGACAAGCAGGCCAACAUUUGUCCUGAUUGGAAGAUUCUUCCUCUUCUGUCACAGGAUUGCCCUUUAACAGGUGAGUGGACUGGAACAACAUGAAAUGAAGUGUUUGGCUCAAGAACAUGAUGCACUGCCUGGUCUGAGAAUUGAACUCAUGAGUGCAGUACCCUAACCACUAGGUCACAUGCCAUCUCAUAGGACUUCAGAAGAGACUGAUCUGAUUUUGAUUGCCAUAUACAUUAGGGUUUCAACUUGAAAACUUUAACUACCAUAUCCAUUAGGAGUUUCACUAUAGCCUGGAUACUGACACUAGCAACCCUUGCUGUAAUUUAGCCCAUAGUAAAGUUGCUCUGUACCUUAGCACUCACAUCAUCAGUACCUGGAGCUUCACAUUUUACCAUAAAUUCUCAAUGUAUCCCUGGCUACUGCGAGAUUGUCAAGAUGCUUUCAAGUUCUGUGUUGACCAAUUCUUUUUGUCUCGGGUGUGAUAAUUCUUUCUCAUUUUGACACAAGGAUUGCAAUUUUGGGGAGUAGCGUGGGGCUACAUUGCUACCCACCAUGAUCAAGUGGUAUUUAUUUUAUUGAUCUCAGAAAGAUGUAAGAUAAAGUUGGCCUUGUAUGGAUUUCAGCUAAGAAUGUAAAAAACCAGAAGAAAGGCCACUAAACAUUUUCUCCGAUGUAAUAAUGGUAGAAUUAUUUCUUAAUCUUCAGAAGUACACCAAAGUCUAUGUUUGUCAGUGAGAGUCAAGAAAGGAAGUCCCUUUAUGAUUGUUUGACCUGCUAGAAAUAGUAGCCUAAUGACACAUUAGACUACUAACUUAGAGAAGACACUGGGUAAUGUAGUCCUAGACAUGAUCUUAAAACAAGAUGGUCACAAUUGGAAAGCCUUUAAUCAGAUCUAUUCAAUCAAGGUUUGCCUGGUGCUAAAUGUUUGUUUUCCACUGCCAUUUUUUUUUUUUUAUUGUGGAAGAAGUUUAUUUUAACAUUUCACUCUCCUUGCAAAAUGCUCUGUGACUGAUUGGGGGUGGAAAAAGUGUUCAUAAUGCAGAUUUUUUUCUGUGAAACUU